UGUAUGCAGCAUAUCGUGUGUUCGUGAUGCUCUUGUUUGAUGCUGAUUUCAUCGCUUUAUAUCAACAAGAAAACACACUUCUUCUUCGUUUUGGAGAACUAUGGAAGUGUGAAAUCUAUUUACAAAACUGUAUACGUCUGGUUAACUGGUUACCAUUCUACACUGAGAUGUUAGAAUGUUUUGAACUACGACAAAUGUUGUGGUAACCAACCAUCUGGUCAUUAUGGAUUCAUCACACGAAAUGGACGGCCAUCGAUGCAGCACAGAGAACCUAAGACCACAGAAGCUGCUCCAAACAAAAGUCUGGUCUAAUAUCUUACUUUACAAAUGUUUUUUUCAGUUAGUUGUUUUAGUUACUUUCAUUUGCCUUUCAAUAGUCAGUGGGAGAGAUGUCCAACCCCAACAUGAACAUUACACACCAGAUUACAAAAAUUAUCACAAUUUGUCACAGAUAGCAACUCAACUUCAUGACCUUGUCGCUAAAAAUCCAAACUACAUUAAAUUAGACUUGAAAUACACGUCACGUAUCGGCAAUCCGCAAUAUAUCCUUCAUCUUUCAAAUUUCUCUAACUCAAGAACAGCGAGUGGAUUAGUUGGUCUAGCCGCAGCAAAACCAAAGAUACUUUUAUCCUACGGUGAACACGCCCGCGAGUUCUUCCCAGUAGAGAGCUUGUUUCAUCUUCUACGCAAUAUAACCGGUGGGUUGAGGGCGUUGCAUGGCUCACCAGCCGAGAGUUUCUCUCGUAUGAUUCUCACAAGGUUUGAUAUUUAUAUUAUCGCCAUGGCAAACCCAGAUGGGAGGCAAUAUGUGGAGAGGAAUAAGAACUAUUGCUGGAGAGGGACCAGUGUUGGAGUCGAUUUAAAUCGGAACUUUGAUUGGAGUUUUGGAGGAGUAGGAAGUUCUGGUGACCCUAAAGAUGAAGAGUACAGAGGGGAAUUUGCUCACUCCGAGCCAGAGUGUGGAGUAUACCUUGACCUAACAGCAACUCAUAUAUUUGAUGCCUUCGUAUCUCUACAUUCAGGAAUCAAGCAAAUCUAUUUGCCCUUCGCUGACUCCAAGUCCAAGAAAGCCAAAGCCAAGCCGGUAAACAUAGAUGAGCAAAUGGACUUAGCUAAGAAGAUGGCUGCGGCUACUCAUAACUCAUUUUCUUAUGGUGUUGGCUACAAUAUCAAUGACUACCCUGCUGAUGGGGCUGUCUUUGACUACAUGGCUGGUGUAAAAAAAAUUCCUUUUUCCCUCGCCAUUGAGCUUUGGGGUGAGGGAAAUACAAAGAAUGGAAAGUGCUUUGACCUCUUCAACCCACCUCAUCAGAACUUGCAGAGUGCACUUGAGUCUGUGAUGCCUAUUUAUGAGACAUUAUUCACAUAUCUUAUACAUUGGAAGGAGAAACAAGUACAUAAGAUGUUUCAUCAAGAUGAGGAGCCUGUGUUUGGUCUGCCUCUUGGUUAUAUCCUAGUUGGAAUCACAUUCUGUCUCUUCCUUCUGAUGAUGUGUCAACAAUACAAGCCAUAUGGACUUAAUUUCUAUCAACGUAAGAGGGUCGUCAGUUUACGAUCUUUGAGUUCAUCUUUUGCAGCAGCAAGUGGAAUUAAAAUGACGUAACAGACGGAAUGACACACUUAGGUUUUACAUUCAUUAUUUGUUUGCUCUCCGAGUGUCUGUAUUAAGCCCUUGCAUUGUCCGCCAUCGAUGAUUAAACUUGCAUGAGGCUACCAGUGGCUGAGAGGCAUGCACUUUUCCAUUGUUUAUUAUCAAAGGUGGUGGUCAAUGAUGUCAUGUGCAACCCUUCUAUUAAACCAGAUCUUUCUCCAGUUGAAAAGUCAACCAUUCUUGACCCAUCUGAUGAAACUAUGGCUGCUGUUUUUAACUGAGGCUAUUCAUUUAAACCCUAUGGACUAUUUAGAGGUUUGGUAAAGGUUCAUUUUAUUAAUUGGAGGUUUGAUGUCGUCUAACUCUUUGAUGAGUUUUAGACAUUUGAGAAACAGAAUAAGCUUAUGGAAGCUGUAGAGGUCGUGCUUGCAGCUUACUCGUCUGGCUUUGAACUAUGUCACCUCUUUAGUUUGUACAGUUGAAGAUGCUAGACCUUGUUCCAAUUUGAUGGCUCUGCUUAACGUGUAGUUUGGGGGAUAUCAUCUAGUUAUCACCAUUCUGUGCUUACUGGGUUAGUGCAAAGUUUCUGUGUUAUAUGAAGUAUGCACCAGCACAAGAAAAACAUAUACUUUUUUGGGGUUGAUUAAAGAAUUGACUAGAGUGGGGUUCGAACCAACGAGCUCCGGAUUAAAAUGCCGGCGCUCUACCAACUGAGCUACAUGUAUCUAGCCCUAUCCUGGCAGUGUCCCUAUUUUGUCAAUAUUUUU